GCCAAAACGUAGAGCUGCAGCGGGAAGCCAGCAAUACAUGCAAAACAGGGAAAAACAUUAAUAGAAAAGAAAGACGCACCAAGUCAGAACCACAGAGCACACUUGGAAGGACGCAGUGGCAGGAGAACGGGGUUUGUGCUCCAUGAUGUGACAGCAAUCUGCAGCAAAACAUCUGCUGCAAGCUGAGCGGAAUCCCAGCGCCUGUCAAGACCUCCCUGAAGAGAUUAAGCCUGGGCUGUGCCAUGAUUUCUGCCGUCCUCCUCCUCUGGACUGUGCCCUGCGUGGCCAACCACAUCCUCGGGGGCUUUGCCAAGGCAGCGCUGCAGGAAGGCCCCCAGCUGACGUGCAGCCUGCCGGGUCCCCCCGGGCCUCCCGGCCCUCCUGGUGCACCUGGGACUCCGGGGACAGUUGGCAGGAUGGGCUUCCCAGGGAAAGAUGGCAAGGACGGCAAGGAUGGGGACAAAGGCGAUCACGGUGAUGAAGGUCCACAGGGCAGAACAGGAAACCCAGGCAAGCCGGGACCAAAGGGGAAAGCAGGAGCCAUUGGCAAGGCAGGCCCACGAGGACCAAAGGGUUUAAAGGGUAAUCCUGGAAAAAACGGAGCACCAGGAAAGAAAGGACCCAAAGGGAACAAAGGUGAGACUGGGAUGCCAGGACCCUGCACCUGCAAUGCCAACAAAGCCAAAUCUGCCUUCUCUGUAGCAGUCUCUAAGAGCUACCCAAGAGAAAGGCUCCCCAUCAAAUUUGACAGGAUCCUGAUGAAUGAGGGAGGACAUUACAAUGCUUCCAGUGGGAAAUUCAUAUGCAGCAUCCCAGGUAUUUACUACUUCACUUAUGAUAUCACUUUGGCCAACAAACAUUUGGCCAUCGGCUUGGUCCACAACGGGCAGUACCGGAUCAAGACUUUCGACGCCAAUACUGGGAACCACGACGUUGCCUCUGGAUCAACCAUUCUCUCUCUGAAGCAAGAGGACGAGGUGUGGCUGCAGAUCUUUUACUCUGAACAAAAUGGGCUCUUUUAUGAUCCCUACUGGACAGACAGCUUAUUUACUGGCUUCCUGAUCUACCCUGACCAAGAUUAUCUCAAUGAAAUAUAGAGUGAGAAACAAAUAAGAAACGGAUGCAACUUCAGUCUACCAAAAUGUAGCCUGCACAUGGACAUGUGUGAUAUUAUUUCACUUUUUUGGCACUAACAGCCCAUAUUGGCAAUACAGAUAUUUACUUGAUGUCUCCAACUAGUCCAUGAAGUAUAUCAUGAUCUUUAGGACCUACCUUUAAGUGACCUCAUGACUGUGUAAUCCUGGAAGCCAGCCGCUAUGUUUUCCUACUGUUCAAACAUACCACAGACACGUAACUCAAAAUACUGAUGCAGAAUGUUUUGAUUUUAUAUUAUUGUAAUGCAUAGAGACCAAAAACCAUUUCCAGAAAACUGAGCUUAUAAGUGCCAUUGAUGUUGGAGAUUAUAUCAGUGCCCCUCCUUCUGCCACCCUCAAUAAUAAUAAUAAUAAUAAAACUUACUACACUUUACCAGCUACUUACAAGUCAGGAAAUUAUCAGCUGCCGUUACAAAAGUACCAGCAACCUUCAGCCUCAUCAAAGCAGUACUAAUAAGCAACGGCAUCCGGUUUAAAUAGGACACAAAGAAAAGAGCUCAUUUAAGGCUAAAGGUAAAACUUCUGCUAAGACACACGCUGUCGAAUCGAGCUCUGCUGGUGUUGCUCAGAGUUCAGCCACAACAAAGCAGUGCUGAGUAUUGCAUCUGCUUUCAGAUGAGCGUCAAAAAGCUGUGAUCAGAACCUGACAUUGGCUGUGCAAGCCCAAUACCUGCCAGCCUCUGGUCCAUGGUGGAGAGCAACACUGCAGAUAAGACUCAGUUUUUAGAGAGAAAGCGUGAACCUUCACUCCAGAAACAGGUGCAUCAAAUCCCACUCCUCCAUCCCUGCCAGCUUUUGCUGAAAGGAAAUACUCAUGGUGCUGCUGAGGUGCUCCUCACAGGCUUAAUGCUGCAGAUAGACUCUGUCUUAAUGACGUGCUUUGCUUUUUUGGUUUUGUAUGUCAAAUGUUACAGAUGAUCCAAUCUUAACAUAGUGGUUCUAAACUGUACAAAAAAGAAAAACAAGGCAGAAAAGGCCAGAGGUGAGCUUUUUGGUCUUGCUAUGAUGAGCUUUGCAUUUUUGUCCAUUUCAACCAGCAGCCGUACAGGGAUAUGCUCCCAAAUGGAGCAUUAUAAUCACAGCAAAGAGCUCUCCAGCUGUAUGGCUGCUCAGCCAGUUGCCUUGCCCCAGUGUGUGCAGCUGCUCACUACCAGAAGUCAGUCUGCGGUCAGAGGGAAGGAGUUUUCCUCAAUAUCUGACACAUCUGCUUGGUUCCCACAGUCAUAUUUCUUGUAUUCUCUACUGCAACACAAAAACUUGUAUCAAUUUCCAGUUCUUCUCAUUUGCACAUUUAGACGUUGAGCCCAGAAGAACAAAUUAAGAAAGAACAAAUUAAGAUAUAUAUAUAUUAACCUUACUUCUACAAGUCAUUGUAUUUGCAUGAUUUUGUGAACAACUUUGAAUGUGUUAUAUUUUACAAAAACCUUUUCAAAUACUUUUUUUUUUUUUUUAAUAAAG